AUGGCCGACAAUCAGAUGGAAUAUGUCCGCCUUGGAAAUUCGGGUCUAAAGAUCUCCAAGAUUAUCCUUGGGACAAUGGGCUAUGGCAGCAAGCAAUGGCAAGACUGGGUCCUGGACGAGGAAGACUCACUGCCUCUGAUUGAGCAUGCCUACAAGCAGGGCAUCAACACUUGGGACACGGCGGAUGUCUACUCCCACGGCAAAUCCGAGGAAGUCGUCGGAAAAGCCCUGAAGAAGUACAACAUCCCUCGCAACCGCGUUGUAAUCCUGACCAAAUGUUUCUUCGGCGUCGACGACGAGGGCAAAUUCCCACCCAUCGCCGCAUCUGCCAGAAAUGACGGGCCCUUUGUCAACCGCACCGGCCUGUCGCGCAAGCAUAUCUUUGAUGCCGUCGAUGCCAGUGUGGAACGUCUCGGCACAUACAUCGAUGUGCUGCAGAUCCAUCGUCUAGACCGGGAUACUCCUCGCGAGGAGAUCAUGAAGGCGCUGAACGACGUUGUCGAGAGCGGGAAGGUGCGGUACAUUGGUGCUAGUUCGAUGGCGACCUGGGAAUUCCAAUCCCUGCAAAACAUCGCUGAGCGCAACGGUUGGCACAAAUUUAUCUGCAUGCAAAACUUCCACAACCUUCUCUUCCGCGAAGAAGAGCGCGAGAUGAUCCCCUACUGCCAAGACGCUGGAGUCGGCAUUAUCCCCUGGUCACCGAUUGCCCGUGGCGCGCUGGCGCGACCCUGGGGCUCGCGCGAGACAGUGCGUGAGAAAAGCGAUGGCGCGCUGAAGAUGUUUGUCCGUAGUCGCGAGUCGGAGGCUGAUAAGGCUAUCAUCGACCGGGUUGAGGAACUUGCUAAGAAGAAGGGUGUGAGCAUGGCUCAGAUUGCUAUCGCUUGGUCUUUGACUCACCCUGGCGAAAACCCGAUUCUUGGACUGCAUAGUGUUGAGCGGAUUGAUGAGGCUGUUGCUGCUAUUAAGGUCCAGCUGUCCGCGGAGGAGAUUAAGUAUCUGGAGGAGCCUUAUGUUCCUAAGGCUGUUACUGCUCUUGAGCGGUAA